AACCUGAAUGUUGAUGCAGUUUCCAAGCCUUUUGGUCAGCUGUUGAAGAAGGCACUCGUCGGCGCCUCGCACGAGAGAAGACGGAUGUGAUUUUGAAAGCUGUAGUGAAGCGCUUUUUCAAUGAGAAGGAGGUGACAUCAACAUUGGUUAUGGACGCACUUUACAGUGGAUGCAAAUCGCUGGAUUAUAGGAGCAGGAACAAGAAGGGUAAAAUUAGCGGUGUGGACGUGGAGGAAGCCAUUAAUCCCAUAGUGUGGGUGGACAAGGAUGCUUUUGUACUUGCUGGUGAUGUGUUGCUCUUGCUUGAGCGGGUGGUCUCUGAAAUCUUGCCACCUUACAAGGAUGACAAGGGACCGCAAAAUCGAACGAAGUUGCAGGAUGGUAGCUUUGGCGAUGAUUUUGGCAAAGACUCAGUGGAGCGUGACGAACGGCGGUUAACUGAACUUGGCAGACGAACUGUUGAAAUGUUUGUUCUGGCUCAUUUAUACACCAAUCGUGUAGAGGUCGCUUACAGAGAGGCAGUUGCAUUGAAGAGGCAAGAAGAGCUUAUUCGUGAAGAGGAGGCUGCUGGGUUAGCGGAAACUGAACUUCGAGCUAAACGCGAGGCAGCUGAGAAGGAAAAGCGGUCAAAGAAAAAACAGGCGAAGCAAAGGAGGAAAGAUCGCAAGGACAAAGAUAAAGAAACAGAGGAAAGACGUGUGCGGGUAGAACAAGAAAAUCGUCAACGCCAAUCUGAGUCUUCCAGGCCUAAGGAACGAAUGCCAAAGGGGCGGGGGAUUAUUUCACUCAUUCCAGCAGAUGCAACGGACGAUGUUGGGACUCUGGGACUCGCUACAGAGGACGGUGAUGUAGAUCACACCACCUGGGAAAGAGACGUAUCAUACGGUCAUAGCGGCAUGGAGACCGCUGAAUUCAGCGGAGCACAUGAAGGAAGUUCGACACGUAACGGCAGAGCGGCACGAAAGAAUCAGGCAUCCGCAUUUGACGAUAGUUCCUCUACAUGCUCGUCUGACUCUCUUCCUUCGGUGAGGCCUUCUAUGAACGGAUCAUAUAGCACACGACCAAGCUUGUCCGAGCAGAAUCAUACAGUUCUCAACAGAGGGAGGAGUAGAGGAGACAGCGAUGGGUAUGAACAAGACGGGAGGUUUUUAGAAGCUGAUGGUACCAUCAUGCGUGCGACUGGUCUGGAUCCUAGUGGUCCUGAUGAAGCUAGCAGUAGUAGUUCUGCAGGAGUGGAUAAUGAGACUGUAAUUCUUUCACUUAAGGAGCGUGUCCGAUGGCUUGAGCAACGUCUUUGUGAAAAGGAUGAGGAGGUUGUAAUGCUACAAGAGCAGGUUAGCCUCUUCCAACAUCAAAUGAGACUGGACCGACCGUCUUCUCAUGAGCGUCUACCAGAGGAAGCGUAUGGAGGGUCUAUGCCUGGUGCAUCGAGUGCAGCAAGUUCCUCACCAGCCGAUGAAAGUAGCAGCUGCUUUUCCUCUGCAACCCUUGAUGUGGAAAAGCUGACUGGCCAGCAGAUUAGAUCAAGUAAAACAAUAGCAGGUACGACCAACGCAAGUGGUCAUUCAUCAACAUUCAAUGCCAACGGAACAACUGCAGGUGGCGCAGGCAGUAACGGUGACAGCAAUAGCAGGUGGUUUCUAGCUUUUGCAGUCAAUAAUGUUGACAAUAGUAGUAGGCAUGGUAUGAAUCCAGCUAAAGUGGAUGUUGGUACGCCCAAACCGUCUGCCCCAGUAAAAGCUCGUAGCAUUGAAGGAUCCAGGCCGCCUCGUGUAGGGAUGCCUCCAUCAUCAUCAGGAACCAGUUUGGCCGCUGGGAUCGAAGAAACAAGCUCAAGUUGUUCCGCCACCUUAUCUGCAACUUCACCUGUGAUUACCCGUCCCGCAAGUGCACCCGGUUUGGUACCUACUCAGCGAUCAGGAAUGCUUGGCCCCGUUUUGGAAUCUCAACCUCCGCUAUCACGAUCUUUGAGUGCAGCAGGCCGAUUGGCCUUGGGCCCAGGCCCCUCUGUAGGAGCCCACUGCAAUGGAAAUGCACAUAUUAGCCCUCCAGUGUCACCUUCGUACAGAAAUGCUGCUGCAGGGAAGAUAAGAAGCUUAGCAGGCUUAGCUUCAUAUCCUGUUUCAAGUUCUGGAAGUGUGCACAGUGGAGUUUCAGCUUCCAUGUCAGGAGCAACCACUUCAGCUGUAAUUCUGGACACUCCCGCAGUGCCAAGCCCAUCUCAUGGAAGUGCUCCAUCGAUGUAUUCGACUGCACCUACGGUCUCAGCGUCCUCUCCUCUGACGCCUGCUUCCAAGGUGCGGAUAGACCCCGUGCAGGGUACCCAAAGUGGAAGAACAGAGGCAGCUACCUCCCCUUCGACCACACCAGCGCUUUUGCAAUGCCCAGUGGUUCCGGAUGCUUUACCAGAACCCUUGUCGAAUGGUUUGCUUCCACAAGAGUACAUCUGUAGCCAGGGCGUUGCAGGUGGGAGGCGAUCACCAGUCGGCAUCACUUUUGGGACCGUGACUCCAGAGGUGCUGCACCAGCAGCAGCAGGAGGAGGACCAAGAGCAUAUGCAACCACGACAGAAAGAUGAGCAAGCACAAGCACAACAUCAGACACUGCCACAACUUCAUAAACAAGAAUCCGUGGAUCCUCACAAGCAAGAGAACGUAGUCUUUCAGGAGGGCCUUUCAAGACAUCACUGUUAUGGGCAGCAAGCCAAUCAGAGGCCUGCCCAUUCAAGCCUGUUACGUGAAAAUGGAGUUUUGAGUGGGGAUAGGCAUAGCAUGAUGUCCAUAGUGGAACCCGUUAAUAAUGGAGGUAUGGGAGAAGAAUUCCCGCAUCUUGACAUUAUUAAUGAUUUGUUAGAGGAUGAUCCUGGCUGCUUUGGGUUGGCACUAAGUGCAAUGCUCCAUCAACCAGGGUCUGCUCAGUUCUCCAACCGUCAUCUUAGUAUGCCAGGUCACUCUGGUAUGUUCAAGCACAGCCAAUAUGGCCAGGUUCGUUCAGACAGCAGUGCUGUGAAUAGUGAUGGAAGUGAUAGAGGGAGGACAUCAGAUGAUGAACGAAUGCUUAUGCACGAAGGAAACGCUGCCAGCAUAAGGGUUAACAGACGUUUAUCUGUUGCAUUCUCUCAUCAACCUUUGCGCAGAGUGCAGAGUCAGCAUAGUGGACACCUUGAUAGUAUAGCGUCUCAUUAUUGGCCAAUCGUGAGUGCAGGAUUACCGGCAGGAGACAGUGUAAGAAAUGGUCUGGACAGUCGCGUGCGUUAUCCUCUAGUGCAAAGUCAUCAUGUUUCUGUUCAGGAUUGCUCAGGAUUCUCCUUGAGGCAUAAUGGUUAUUCUGUACAUGCUCCUGCUCAGCGGCCAUAGAUAAUAAUCUGCCGUCAUUGUUUUUGCAAACUUCUUUCUAAACUGCCCACUUCUUCUUGUGA